AUGGGUCACUUCCUCGGAAUCAAGAUGAUCAGAUGUGGAAAGCAUUGGCGGACAGUGGUUUGUGCGGGGCAGGAUGUGGUCAGCAACCCCAUCUUGGACCGCACCUUUGUAGCACCCAAUGGCACGAGCUUCCGCAAUCCCAUCCAUGACAACGCCUGGGCAUCUUUGAAGGCCUUGCAGGCAGACCUGGUCCGCUUUGUGCCGUGGUUUCCCUAUCCAAAGAAAAGCGUGGCAGAGCUGGAUGCUCCGUCGAAAUCGAAGACGAGACGGACGUCCUGGGACUUCUCCCACAUUUUACCGCAGUUGGAGGACUUCAUGGAUGCUGUCUAUGGACAAAAUCAUACGGUGGUUCUCAAUUUUGCCACUCAGCCCUGCUGGCUUUUUGGCGAUGCAGAGAACAAGACGCAGAACUGCUCCUACCCUGAAAACCCAGAUGAGUCGUUCUUCGGCUACGUGCGUGGUAAUAGGAAAAACUGGCUGGAUCCCAGUGGAGAAACUUUGGCUUCUUACUUUGGACGACUUCUCUCCUAUAUUGUGAAGGGAGAGUUCGUGGAUGAGGACGGCGUCAAACACACUGGAGGUCCGGCAUAUUCUCGCUUCAACCGCAAGAACGGUCAUGUUUGGGAGUUGUUCAACGAGGCAGAACAUAGUUAUACUGUCGACCAGUACAUCCAUGAUUAUGACGUCGUCGUAUCAGAGAUGAUCGAGGCAGUUGGUGGUCCAGAUUACGCGCCAGCUUUCAUGGGAAUUGGAGGCGCUGCUGUAGGCAGUGUUGGGGGUGCUGAGUGGCUUCCCCCUUUUCUCAAUCGCAGCAAGCAUGGUCCUUCAGUUCCGCCGAUCGAUUAUGUCUCAAUUCACCACUAUGCCGGCUGCAGCAAACGGACGGACCCGUCCACCUACAGCUCCGGCUUUUUCGGUGACUUUUCUGCUUGGAUGAAAGAUUUCAAGGACAAAGCAAUCACAGCCCGCGAUGCCUCAUCCUUUCCUCACACCAAGAUCGACCUCAACGAGAUCGGUAUAAUUAUGCCUCAUGACAACGACCCAGGCAAGGGAAUAACUGCAAAUCUGCCUGAUAUCUACUGGAAUGCAGCUGGUGCCACGUACGCCUAUGUGUUUGCGACGUUGGCUCCUUUGGGUGUCGAGGUUUUGGGCCAGUCGCAGCUGGCUGGAAGUCCCGAAAUUCCAGAGUGGGGCAUUCCUCUUCCGCAGUACCCCAGCGUCAGUUUGCUGGACUGGCGGACAGGUUUGGGCAAUGCACGCUACUGGGUCUUGAAGCUUUUGAUUGAAGAGUUUGCGCCUGGAGAUGCACUGGUUUCUACUCAGUGCCAAGCGGGCACGCCGGGCACGCCGCUGUUGAGCUGCAUGGGUGCCAUCACCAAGAGUGGCGCCCACAAGCUUCUGAUAGUCAACCAUUUGAAUGAAGUGCAGUCAGUGAAAAUGAAUGGGUUCCCAGCCGGUGAAGCUCAAAUGAGAAUUGUUGAUCCGAAGUCUGUUCAGGUGGCGAGUUCCUCCGGGAUUCGCAACGCCACCAUCCAAGCCGACUCAUUUGAGCUCCAACCCUUCGCUGUCGUUGUAGUUUUGGGCGGCCACUACAGCCAUUCGCCGCUGCUUACCUUUGUAUAA